UAAAAAUAUAGUUUUCUCCUUCCACACUAGUGGAGAGUUUAGGGCAUUCAUUUCCCCCAAAAUUGGUUAACAUUCGAAGAUGGCCGUUGCUAAUAUGCAGAGAUUCGCCUCACGAAUCGCACGAAACCCUUCGAUUUUUUCAAUUACUCGAUCCUCCGCAUCCUCAUGUUCAUCCCGCACCGGCUCCGCCAAAGUCGCCGAUCGGAUCGUCAAGCUCUUCGCCGUUGACCCUGAGGGCUGUAAACGGGAGAUUAUUGGACUCUCGGGCCAAACUCUGCUCAAAGCUCUAACCAACCACGGGUUAAUCGACCCGGAUUCACAUCGCCUUGAAGACAUUGAUGCGUGCUCCUCCGAGUGUGAGGUGCACAUUGCUCAAGAAUGGCUCGAGAAGCUUCCAAAAGCUUCUUACGAUGAGCAGUAUGUGCUGAAGAGGAACUCUAGGGCUAGGGUUUUGAACAAGCAUUCUAGGUUGGGUUGUCAGGUGGUCCUCUCACCGGAGCUUCAAGGAAUGGUUGUGGCAAUUCCUGAGCCUAAGCCAUGGGAUAUCCCAUAAAAGGUGAAAUGAAUAUUUUUCUAUGUCUGUGAACUGGAAUUUUAGUGCUUUGAGUUAAUAAAAUGUGGAACUUAUGGUACUUGAUAGGCAAUUUCUGUCAAAAUUGUCUGAAAGUUGACAACUUUGUUCGUUUUAAAUGAAUACUUUCCCAAUUCCUGUAUGAGUUAUUUUAAUAUCAAUCUGUCUUUGGUGGUA